GGUGUCAAGUAUAGCGACUGCCACUUUCGGUCGCCGAGUAAUUCCCAAAUCAUAUAAAGAAGGAACUGACUCAAUCACUCUGUUUCUCUUUCUUUACCCUAAUCAAUUUGUAGAGUCCCUCAGUCCCAUUGUCGUUGUCUUGUGUCGCCGUGCUCCAGUCGACCUCUCCAACGUAAAGAAGAAAGAAGAAGUAGUAGUUGCUACUUGAUAUGGCUCCAAAGAGGAAGCGCCAGAUGGCAGUCAAAGAUCAGAAUAAAGGAAAAGCUUUUAAGAGUCAUCCAACAAUUCAACUUGCUAGGCAUCUAGCAGAGAUAACUUCUCAAAUUCCUCCAUGUGUUUCAUCACAUGCAGUAUCUCAUCCUACUGAUCCUCCUGCUAGGACAUCUGAUGUGAUACCUCCACCUUCAAUACUAGGGGUACACUCACCAUGUACUUCACAACCAACAAAUCCAGAUGCAGAAUGUAGCCUUGACAUGGCCUCAGAGAAGACAACUUCUGUUCGCAAAAAGUUUGUUAGGCAGCAGUUGCAGGUGGCAGAGAAAGAUCCGAAUAAAGGAAAAGCUUCCAAGAGUCAUCCAACGAAACACCGUACUGCAUAUCUAUCACAGAUGACUUCUCAAAAUCCACCAUGUGCAUCACGACCAACUAAUUCAAUGGAAGGGGCACACCUACCUGCUAGGAUAUCUGAUGUAUCACUUCCACCUUCAGUGGAAGGGGUACACUCACCAUGUACAUCACAACCAAUGAAUUCAGAUGCAGGACGUACUGAUAGAUCUUUUGCUGCAUUAGAGACACAAAGAAAUGAUGCCAAGCCAAUUUUAUAUCUUGAUGAGCAAGGAUUCUUACCUUCUCGCUCUGCUGCUAAUGGGAUUGGGGAUAUCCUCAAGAGGAAUUUUACUGAUCCCUGGCCAUCAUGGAAAAAGAUACCAAUUAGCACAAGAAACUCUUGGUUUGAAGAGUUUUUGGAAAACUUCUCUGUUUCUCCACCGGAUUACAAUUGGGCUAAAAAGAAUUUUGAAAUGCGAGGUUCAGUAUUGAUGAAAAAUUAUCUAAACAAGGCUCGAACCACAAUGGAUAAACCACAUUGGAUUAAAGAUGUUGUCUGGGAGAGAUUGUGCGAGCAUUGGACAUCUGAAGGAUUCAAAAAGAAGAGUACCCAAGCAAAAACAAAUCGGGCAUCUAAUUAUGGAGCAUCUCACACUGGUGGCUCUAUUAGCGCUUCACAGCAUAGAGCUAAUAUGAUGAAAGAGACUGGAACUGCUCCUACUCCAUUGGAGUUGUUUCGUCGCACACACCAACGUAAGGACAACACAUGGGUGGAUAGGAGAUCACAACAUGUAAAUGAGGCAUUUGCACGCACAUUGAAACAUAUGACCAAAAGAGCAUUGGCAGAAGGAAAACCUUCACCAAGUGAAUUAGAUGUGUGGUGCGAUGUAGCUAGAUCAAAGAAAGGAAAAGUAUAUGGACUUGGAAUGAAAUCUACAGUUAUGGCAACAAGUCCUUGCUACAAUUGUUCAUCUUCUUCAUCAAGGGAGUGGGUAAAAAAACAAGAGUUUGAUGAAUUGACCAAAGAGAUGGAAGAAGUUAAAAAUGAAAGAGAUAAGCUUCAAGCCAGAGUUGCAAACACUGAGAGGCUUCUAGAGCAUAACAAUGCAUUGAUACGAGAAUUGAUUGAAAGCAUGAACAUGCCAUGUAUAAUAUAAAUGACAAUCAAGAAGAAGGUGAAGAUGACAGUCAAGAUGAAGGUGAAGAUGACAGUGAAUAUGAAGAUGACGAGGAGUCACUAAGUGAACCAUAGCGACUCAUUGAUACUGGCCUACUUUUAAUAUAAUAGUGUCUGUAUGGCAAAUGUUUUGUACUUUGGUUAUUAAUGUUUUACUUAAUGUGUUUAUAUAUAUAUUGUUAUGUAUGUCUAUUAGGUUCAUAUACUUUAGCUUAUUUUGAAAUUUUAUUUCAUAUGUAUAUACCUAUUAGAUUCAAAAAGUAGAAA